AUGGACAGCACACAGCUGGGAUUGAGGAUUGCUUUCUACAGCUAUCCGCUCCUCCUCUUUGUGACGCUCCUGGGUGUCCAAUCCUUCCAAUACUAUGUUGAGCGCAAGCGAGGCCCCGAGUCCAAGGCGACCCGCAACGCGCUGGAUAGCGAGCAGAAGGCAAAGGUCGAAAAGAUCACGCGUGUUUCCUCGACAAUCAUAUGGAUUCUUCAAUUGAUUCUUUCCGGCCUUCUAUUGGCCAGCAUCAUUGUCGCUGUGCAUGAAGCCAUUGUCGGUCAACAUGCGCUUGACGGCAAGGCCGGGUUCGCGUUUAGUGCAUACGCGGCAUCAUACGUCGGAGUUUUGCUAUACUACCUCUCUGGCCUGCUGCCUGACCCCGAAGGGCCAUGGAUUCCGGGCACAGCGCAUGCCUCUGCCUGGAUUGUCGGCGCACUUGUUGAAGCAGUCAUUGCAGGCGUCUUUUGUGCCGUCCAGCCCUCACUUCGGGUCUCCAAGGAAUUUCUCGGUACAUUGAACGCGUUGGCGUACUCUAGAAUUGCAAUUCUGGUCAUCAUGUUUGUCGUUCUCGGGGUAAGGGAGUAUAAGCUUAAACCUACUGCGCCCCGAUCUGUUCCCGAGGAGCGUCAGUCUCUCCUAGAAAAUGGCGAUGGCUCCCCGGCCAACUACGGUAGUGUUCCUGCUCACGGUCCUCCUCCUGCCAGAACCCAGGUGUCUGGUACUGGGUGGCUUGACUAUUUUGCGGGAUUCCGAAUUCUUUUUCCCUACUUAUGGCCUAAGGACUCAAUCCUCUAUCAAGUCGUCGUGCUCAUCUGCUUGGUCCUUUUGAUACUCCAGCGUACCGUCAAUGUCUUAGCCCCACUCCAGCUCGGAGUUCUGGUAGACAAUCUUGGGAAGGGUACCAUUCCUUACAGGGAAAUUAUUCUGUAUGUCGUGUAUCGCGGACUUCAAGGCAAUCAGGGAGUCCUUGGUGCUGCCAGAUCAGUGCUUUGGAUCCCGGUCUCUCAAUCGCUGUUCCGAAGGCUUUCAAGCGCUGCUUUCGAGCACGUCCUGGGACUUUCCCUAGAUUUCCAUUUGAACAAGAAGAUUGGGGAAGUCACAAGCGCUCUUAGCCGUGGUGCCGCUAUGAAUACCUUCCUUGAGAGCUUUUGCUUCCAGGUAUUCCCGAUGGUUUUUGAUAUUUUUCUCGCCGGUGUCAUCUUCUUUGUCAAGUAUGAUGCUUUCUACACCAUCAUCAUCUUCUUCAUCAUGUGGUCUUACAUUUUCUUGACCAUCUACGUUGCUAAAUAUCGAGGAAAGCAACGAAGAGAUAUGGCAACCAAGCUCCGUGAGAUGGAAGCUGUCAAGACCGAUGCUAUCAUCGCCUACGAGACUGUUCAGCACAACUGCGCGGUUCCCCGCGAAACCAAAAGAUUCAAGGACCAUGUGGUGUUCUACCAAGUGGCUGAGCGUUUAGUGCAGUGGUCCCUCAAUGGCCUGAACCUCACGCAAAGCUCCAUCUUUACGCUUGGAACUGCACUUCUUGUUGCCGUCUCGGCAUACAAGAUCAAUCUUGGUGAACAGACUGUGGGCGAAUUCGUUAGUUUGAUCAACUACUUCGUUCAGCUCCAAGGUCCCCUGAACUUCUUUGGCACCUACUACACAAUGUUGCAGAACAACUUGAUUGAAGCUGAGCGAAUGCUUGACCUCUUUAAAGAGACCCCUGGUGUUGUGGAGAAGAAAGAUGCCAUUAGCCUCCCUUCGGUUCGAGGAGAGGUUUCUUUCAAUAAUGUGGAAUUCUCGUACCAGACCAAGAAGGGUGAGCCUGUUAUCAAAAACAUCAGCUUCAAGGUUCCUCCCGGAACUAAAACAGCACUUGUUGGAGAAUCUGGUAGCGGGAAGUCGACUUGCCUCAAGCUCCUGUACCGCUUCUACGACACUCUUGGCGGCUCCGUCACAGUUGAUGGCCACGAUCUCAAGGAUCUAAAGCUUGACAGUCUCCGCAAACAUAUCGGUGUUGUGCCGCAGGAUACGGUGCUCUUCAACGCGACGAUCAUGUACAACCUGCUUUAUGCCAACCCUAAUGCCUCGGAGGCAGAGAUUCAUGAUGCUUGCAAGGCGGCCAAUAUUCAUGAUCGUAUCGUCAACUUCCCUGAUGGUUAUGAGACCAAGGUUGGCGAGCGUGGUCUAAAGCUAUCUGGAGGCGAGCGCCAGCGUAUCGCCAUUGCCCGAGCUAUCCUGAAAGAUGCGCCUAUCCUGCUCUUGGAUGAAGCUACUGCCUCGCUAGACUCUCACACUGAGAGACAGAUCCAGGACGCCCUUGAGCACGUUACAUCAGGACGAACUACGAUUACCAUCGCCCACCGUCUCUCGACCAUCACCACAUCUGAUCAGAUUGUUGUCCUUCACAAGGGUGAAAUUAUUGAGCGUGGCACUCACAGUGAACUACUCGCGCUCCAGGGACGGUACCACGCUAUGUGGGAGAAGCAGACGACGAUUGAGAAGAAGAAGAUGGAGAAGCUCGAAAAGGGGGAUGCAUCGUCCGAGGAAAUUUUGCAUGAAUAA